AUGGAUGCCGUUUUGACGCCACAGGCUCCGAACAAGAACACGAGCAUGAAAACCCCGAAGAAAAACGGACGAGGUAGUUUCAAUUCUUACCAACGUUCUGAGAAUUUUGACACGUUUGCAGGUCUCUUGAACCCUCCUUUUUCACGCGCCAUGUCCUUCUCCUACUACCCUCACCCGCUUUCAGCUUCUUCACUCCUCAAUCACCAACACCUGCAACAACAACCACCUCUGCUUCCUCUUCCUCGUGCUUCCCGAAAUAUUAGAACCAGAGACAUGUCUCUGACGCCGAAGAAAUCGAAAGCAACGAAGCGAGAAGAAACGAAGAAGAGAUCGGGGACGCAAUUUCUUAUCAUGGCUUCUGAAAACCCCAGGGGACCCGAUCCCAAGGACCUUCCCAGACUGGUCCUAGGGAUGGGAAACGUCAACGACCUCGUUUCGGGGUACGUUUUUAAUUUGGCUCCGCCACCCAGUAGUUUGCCGCUGCCCAAGUUUUCUCUCAGAUCAAAACUCGGUUGCAACGCUGAAGCCGCCGCCGCCACUGCCGCCGGUGGUGGCGUUGACGACGGAGCGACCAAUAAUCUCCGGCGACUUCUACGCCUCCGAUGA